UGCGCUGCCUCGAAGACAGAGGCGUACCGACAGUCCAGCUAACAGGAGCGGCUUUUUUUUCUUACGUCAAGUGUUGAAGUCGCGUGUGAUCGACCCGGUGUCGAAAUCUCUCGGCGGAGAGAUUCUUCAUCGAUACGUCGAUAUCUCCGCCACCCUCAGACAGACUUUCCGGGCUCGACAAAGUUUGGGAAACGGUACCAGUGAUUAGACCAAGUGAUUAAGGACCGAGAAUAAACCUAGGAUCCAGGAUCGUAUCAGUGAAUAAUCGGCCAAGAUGGGCUCGUUUGUGAUCAGAACAGUAGCAGCUGCAAUCGCGAGCUGGAUAUUUAUGAUACUGAUAGCGCGUGGCGAUGCCGCGGUGGCUAGGACGGCGUUUGAGAAACUUACUGACUACGAUUACCGCGGCACUACCUAUUACAGCGUACGGAAUUUGUCGUUGUACGAGUGCCAGGGAUGGUGUAGAGAAGAGGCGGAGUGUCAGGCCGCUGCGUUCUCCUUCGUUGUGAAUCCCUUGGCGCCGAUGCAGGAUACUCUCUGCCAGCUGCAAAACGAAACGGCCGCUACGAAUCCGGCCGCGCAGCCUCAAAGAGCUGCCAAUAUGUACUAUAUGACGAAAUUGCAAAUAAGAUCCGAAAAUGUUUGCCUGCGGCCAUGGGCGUUCGAGCGCAUUCCGAAUAAGAUGAUUCGCGGAUUAGAUAAUGCAUUAAUUUACACAUCUACAAAAGAGGCAUGUCUUGCGGCUUGCUUAAACGAGCAUCGCUUUACCUGCCGUUCCGUGGAAUACAAUUACGUGACGCUUCAGUGUCACUUGAGUGAUUCGGAUCGUCGAACUACGGGUCAAUACGUUCAAUUUGUGGAUGCUCAGGGUGUGGAUUAUUUUGAGAAUUUAUGUUUAAAAGGAAAAGAGGCUUGCAAAUUUCAAAGGAUCUUCCAAAUGCCCAGGAUUGGAGUGGCGGAUGAUAAAAUCGCACAAUACGCAGGCCUGCAUUAUUACACCGACAAGGAGUUGCAAACUCAAAGCGAAUCCGCUUGCAGAUUAGCCUGCGAAAUUGAGAACGAGUUUCUUUGCAGAUCCUUCCUUUAUCGGGGCGCUCCUCAAGGAUCGGCUUACAAUUGUCAACUCUUCCAUUUGGACCAUUGGACUCUGCCGGAUGGACCUUCGACGUAUCUUAACGCGGAGAGGCCCUUAAUCGAUAAUGGAGAAAGAGUUGGCACUUACUUUGAAAACUUUUGUGAAAAGGGUACUGGACCAUUAACGGAUCCAUUACCGGUCGUCUUUGAAACUACGGAAGAUCCUACGAUAAACAAUCUCACUAGAAAUGAUAUUAAUUGCGACAAGACUGGAACUUGCUACGAUGUGUCAGUUGACUGUAAAGAUACUCGUAUUGCCGUUCAAGUUCGUACGAAUAAACCUUUCAAUGGACGUAUCUACGCCCUUGGACGAUCCGAAACCUGCAACAUUGAUGUUAUCAACAGCGAUUAUUUCAAGCUUGAUCUCACCAUGAGCGGACAGGAUUGUAAUACUCAAAGUGUGCGUGACGGUUUUCAGACUGGAAUUUAUUCAAACACGGUGGUACUGCAGCAUCACUCCGUGGUAAUGACAAAGGCUGAUAAAAUCUACAAAGUUAAAUGUACAUAUGAUAUGUCGUCGAAGAAUAUUACCUUUGGCAUGAUGCCGAUCAGAGAUCCAGAAAUGAUCAGCAUUACUAGUGCACCAGAAGCGCCGCCACCAAGGAUUCGUAUUCUUGAUAGUCGCUCGCGAGAGGUUGAAACUGUACGCAUUGGUGACAAAUUGACCUUCAGAAUUGAAAUUCCGGAAGACACUCCGUACGGCAUUUUCGCUCGCAGUUGCGUAGCUAUGGCAAAAGAUUCAAAAAGCACGUUCCAAAUUAUCGACGACGAAGGGUGUCCCGUCGAUCCCUCCAUUUUCCCCAGUUUUACUCCGGACGGUAACGCCCUGCAAUCUGUGUACGAGGCCUUCAGAUUCACCGAAUCUUACGGCGUGAUCUUCCAAUGUAACGUAAAGUACUGUUUGGGGCCCUGUGAACCGGCCGUUUGCGAGUGGGGACGUGAAUCUGUAGAAUCAUGGGGCAAGAGACGCAGAAGAAGUCUUGCGAACUCAACGGAGGAGAAAACCGAAGAUAUGACUCUUUCUCAAGAAAUUUUGGUGCUCGACUUUGGCGAUGAGAAACAAUCCGAGUUCUUCAAGAACGACGCUAGCAUAGACUUCAAUGAAGAUAAAACAGUGACUAUUGUAGAGCCAUGCCCAACGAAAACCUCGGUAUUAGCGCUUGGUGUGACAUGUGCUCUCCUGAUACUUCUCUAUAUUUCCACGAUCUUCAGUUACUACAUGAAGAAGUGGCUGGCACCUCACAAAAUGAUGCCUUAAAAGGCGAAGACACUCGUCCCUUCGAUCGAAAUCGCAAAAGUAAACGAGGAAGAUGAUAACGAAAAGGAGUGCGAGGAGUUCACGCAUAUAUUCUCACACAUGCAUACAUAUUCAUAUCGUAAGUUAUCAAAAGAUUCAUUCGUAGCGAUACUCACCCAUCCUUUCAUUCCUACUGUUCAUUUUUAUUAUAUUUAUAACGGCUGAGACACGUAUAAGAGGAUAACGGGUAAAAAAUCAUUAUUUGAUGGGAACAAUUUUUGCAUUAUAAUUUGCAUUGAAAUUGCAGUUAAUGCAUUUAGUAUUCCGCGCGAAUGAUAAAUCAUCGAUGACGAUUGGAAAAAUCGAUAUAUAAUGUCCGACUAGACAUUGGUUCAUCAGUAAUACUGAUGCGUAAUGUGUAUAAAGGAACAAUUAGCAUAAAUCAGUAUUUUCAAUAGAUUUAUUUAAAAAAUAUUAAUGAUAGAUCAGUUUGCAUGCCGAACUUAUAUACAUGUAAAAAAGAUUGUAGCAAUUGACAAGAUAAAAAGAUUGAUGAAUAUAAUUUUUACGUUAACUUUUAUGUCGAAACAGAAGUUGUACAAUUAAAUUUGGUGAUACGAUUCUCGUUUUUAUGCAUGCUACAUCAGCGAGUGUGAUUGAAGCUUGAAUGAUGACUUACAUAUGUCGGGCACAUUUUUAAAGACGUUUAUCGCAAAAUUGGCGGCCAAUUCUUUCACAUAUAUACAUAUACAGAUACACAUACACGCGCAUAUAUAUGACAGAUUUCGUGGAGCUCACUCGCGACUAAAACCACCUUGGAACUGCAAUGAGUAGACUAUUUAAGAAUAUUUUUAGAAACAGCUAACUGUCUUCUAGUGGCUACUUCUGAUCGGGUUGCAAGGAGAACAGAAUCGAGCAAACGAAUUGACUUUUCGUAUUGCUCAAAGCAAAAUUUUCAAUGUCUCCUGAUGGUUGAUGCGGACUUGGUUAUUGCUUUCAAUCUAUGGAGAUCGAUUUGUAACCCGUAUCAAGACUAGCAAUAUUUAAACAUUCACGCUUCACUAACGUCUCUAACGAUACAAGUAGUGAUAAGAUAGUAAUUAAGCGUAGACGAAAGAAGAGAAAAGAGGAGAUUUUUUUACGAUUUAGCGGUACUCUCGAAGCGAUUUGUAUUUUGUGUUUCCGUAAUUUUCAUAAGAAAAUUUCCCCGAAAGAAAAUGCAAAUUUUAUUUCCGAAAAUAUGAUAUUAGUCUCAUAAUUUAAUUAUAACAAUGUCGGAGAAAGAACAACAUAAACACAGCAAGAGAAAAAUCUUUCAAAGUACGAAUCUCUUAUGAGUAGCCGCUGGAAAAACUUCUUUGAGACUUAUAAACAAGAGUACCUCUACUCGUGAACUCACAGGUACGGAUGAAAGAAGCACUUAAGCAUUCAGUUACUUGAAUGUAUAUUUGUCGCGUGUUUGUACUACAGCUUGAAAUUUUGAAUGUAUACAUUCAGUGUGGAAAUGAAAAAUACUCGAGGUAUAACAUAUUACCGAAUGCGUAAGUGAUCGAAUAAAUCUUUAAGAACAAUCAUAAUACUUUACAAGUUUAUCGACUCCACUUAAUUAAUGAGCUCAUCAUAGAUAUCUUACUAAGUAUUUUUUUCUCGUUUCGAUAGAAACGUUAUGAAAUGAUUCAUAAGCGGUACAAAUUGGGUGGAGUAAAAUAAGACUCUCGGUUAAGGUGCUUACAUUGUAAAGAAGUCACACACUUAAAACUGUAUAUUUAUUGAAUAAAAAAAGAGAAAAGCAAGUACGAUAUAAUUCAUAGUUUCAGAAAUUUGUUUUAUGAAAAUAUAUAUAUUCUUUCAGGUUUAGAUAUCUUUUAACAAGACUAUCGAGUGAUAAAGGAAGAAUUUUAUUUACAAUAGUACUAAUUUAUCAAAAUACGUUUAUUAGCUGUGUGACUUCUUGCGAUUUACAAAACAACUUACAAAAUGUAUAUAUUAUUAAGUCGGACUGCAGUAGACAUUCAGAGAUAAACACGCAUACACAUCAAUAUGCAUCAAUCACUUAUAUUUGUACUUUAUUUAUAUACAUGAACAUUUCAGUAAUUAAACUCAAAUCAGUUUUGACAGAAUUUCCUUGUUUUCCUUCCUUUUUAUAAUCAUUUAUUUACAGAUUGAUAUGAAAAUUGCAUAAUGUUUAUGAUAUAUUCGAAUUCAGUUCCCAAUGUAUAUCUUACUAUUAUAUAAAGAUAAGUCACAUUUUCCUUUGUUACCUAGGAUCUUUAAAACUACUGAACCAAUCGACUUGAAAUUUUAGUAUGAGUAUCUUGAGGGUCCCUGGAAUGUCAUAUAGGCUAUAUCAUUUUCUAUAAACUUAUCACGAGCGAAGCCACGAUGGGGGAUACUAGUAAUAUAUAAAUAUAAAAAUUUAUAAUUAUAUAUUUGUAAAAGAAUUGUUUCACUUCAGUAAAAUAUUUAUAAAAAUAAUAAAACUCAAUAAAAUAAGUAUUAUCCCAAGUUGUACGUCUAUAGACUAAAAAUAGACGUCAUAAUAAUAAUUAUCAUAAAUCAACAUUUUUUAAAUAGAAUGAUUCUAAAUAAAAUAAUUUUGAGAGAGAUUCUCAAGUGUAAAUAUCUUAUUGAUCUCGUCAACCGCUUUGAUGUGUCGAUAACACGUUCUACGGAUAAAACAGCACAUCGGGUUUUAAUUGCUCGGCCGAUAAGGCAAAUAACCAAUCGGACCGAUAUUUGCGCCGGCGUAGAUGAAAAUACGAGGUGACGACGUGACGUCGUUCGGUGAUUUUCCUUUUUCGGCACAAUGGCGGAGAAUGGCAAAGAGAGAGAAAGAGAUAGAGAAGGAAAGAAAGUGUUAGUUAAUACGUCGUAUCGAGUCUUCGUCGUGCUUUCGUGCUAAAGGCAAACACAUGGCAGUCAACCUCGAUACGCCUUCGCCAAUGAUAAGAUAAAGUUGAAGAAUUCGCCAACCAAGUCCGAGGAUUGAGAUUGAAAGGGAAAUACGUUUGUGCCUUGCUUGCGAUUGUCACAGUAGUCAAGGCGGCAAUGUACAAUAAAAGCGUAAUCGUAAGCCAUAAUAAAUUACAUAUGCCAUAAUAUGUUUUACAUAACAGAUAUUUUAAAUAAGAGAUCGACUGACAAAAAGACCCUCUAUUGCGCGAAAAAUAAAUCUCCGCCAAAGUGCCUUGUAUGCGUGUGAGUGCAUUCGUGUGCGUGUUGCUUGUGUUUGUAUGUAGUACGUAUGCCACGUAUAUACUACAAGAGUCUGUCAGCAAGAAGCAUAAGGCGUAUAUAAGCAAUAUUUUUUAAGUCCAUACAAAAGGGAAGUCUCGGUUGCGAUCUCCCGCGUUUGUAGUCCAUGUAACACAAGUAUAUGUAUAUGUAUAUAUAUGUGUAUAUAAAUAAACGUAAUAGAGAAUUAGAGCGAAGAUUAUAGAAAGCACAUAUGAAUUUAUAUAUAUAUAUGCAUAUACAUAUAUAUAUGUAUAUAUACAUAUAGCGAAAGUUAUAUUUUGAUAUAUCAACUUAUACACGACGAAUGCGCCUUCUAAAUUCACCCGGUGCCUUCGAAUUGCUCGUGCCUUACAAUCUCCUGCGCGAGGAGAAAAUUCAGGACCAAAAAGCAUCGUGCAUGUACUCUUUAACGAGUACCUGUUUAUUACAUGUAAAAAGAAUCGAUCUUUUCUUGACAAGAUUCUGCACGUCCGAAAAUGCGAAUUGAAAAAUCAAUCUACGAAUAUCCACCAGUGCCCCCUCUUCACGUGCAAGCGUAAUAUCAGUAUUUUAAAAUUAUUUCUUAUUUAUUACUCUAUGUGACACAAAGAUUCCCUAAUCUCGGAAAGGAAUUCAAUAAGCUUAUGGAAUUUUGCGUGCGCCUUCAUUUCUAUAUCUUCCCGAUCAUGUACUUCGCAAGAACGUUGAGUUUCUCUUUUAUCACACCUUGUGUGCAAUCAAUAUAAUUCGUAUGACGAUUUAACCAUUACUCGGCGACUUGUUGCUCAUCGAUAUCUUAUCUUAUAUGUACAUACAUUUAUUGGCACAUACUUGGUGAACGAUACGAGAAAAAGAAGCACGCGGUCCCUGCGACGUACGGCAGCUCAAAAAUGCGGUAAUCGAGAACAGUUGAACAAUUUAUCGAUAUCUUCAUUGUUGUAAACGAUGACGAUUAAUAAUAACGAUGACGAUUAAUAACGAUAACAUCGUUCAUUUUGUAUUUAUUUGCGUAUAUAGUUUUCUAUUAAUGCCGAGUUUUACACAAAGUGAUCAUAUUCGUCAUUGUGAUUUAUCGAAAAGUAACAAAUGGAAGAAAAAAAGAGAAAGAGUGCUUACGAAUGUACGUGUGCAUAGCAGAAUGUCAGAGAGCGAGAGUAAAAAUAUAUUAUUUUAAUGUUCGAUGAGUGCAAGAGAAAGGCAUUGAGAUGAUUUUUUGUACGUUCCGAGACGCAAGAAUUAUUGUAUUAAAUAUUGUAUAAUAUGCACACUCAUAUAGAUUAUAUGAAACGUGCCAAAAUGUCAACAAAAUGUCCGUUUUGCACUUAUAAUGUCUUGGUAUGGCACGCUUCAUAUGAUAUAGAACUUUAUUCGAAUUUGAAAGAAAAUAUAAGAGAUUAUUUUAAAAA